AUGGCACCAUCAAAUCUAUCCCUGCCCACUCCCAACGGCACCAAGACCUCCAAGACUAUUGAAAACCGCCUCUUCAUCAACAAUGAAUUCGUAGAGUCUGUUUCUGGGAAGCGUUUCCAAGUCAUCGAUCCCACCACCGAGCAAGUCAGUGCGUCAGUCUACGAGGCCGACGUCGAAGAUGUCAAACUGGCCGUCCAAGCUGCCAAGGCUGCUUUUCCCGCCUGGUCAGAACGUGAUGCGUCUGAAAGAGCCCAUUUUCUGAACAAAUGGGCCGAGGCUCUAGAAAAGGCCGCCGAUGAAAUUGCCUAUCUUGACAGCAUCACCAUGGGUAAGCCGGCCUUUCCUGACCGACUGGCCCCCAUGGUGCCCAUGAUAGUUCGCUUCUUUGCCUCAAAGGCACUCGACAUCACCGGCGAAAGCUCGCUCAACUCGGCCGGCUUCCUCAAUGUCAGUCUCAGGCAGCCGUACGGCGUUUGUGCCGCCAUCACCCCCUGGAACGCGCCUAUCAUGAUGCUGGCAUACAAGGUGUCGGCCGCUCUCAUCACGGGAAAUACCCUUGUCCUCAAGUCGAGCGAAAAGUCUCCGCUCAGCUCGCUCGUCGCCGCUAGAUGUGCUCUGGAGGCCGGAUUUCCGCCCGGCGUUCUAAACAUUCUCAGUGGCUACGGUCGUCCGUGUGGCGAGGCGUUGGCACGGCACAUGGAGAUUCGUAAAAUCUCCUUCACGGGAAGCACUGCCACCGGCAAAGCCAUCCAGCGAGCCGCGGCCGAGACAAACCUGAAGAGUGUCUCACUCGAAUUGGGUGGCAAAAGCCCCCUCGUCGUGUUUGAAGAUGCAAAUCUGGAAAAAGCCGUGAGCGCCGCCACCAUGUCGAUCCUCAUGAACUCUGGGCAGGUAUGCAACGCCACCACCCGCAUCUAUGUCCACGAGAAACUCGCGCAGGAUUUCAUCAGUGGCGUUAAAGCCGCCAUGUCAGCCAUGGGAGCCACCGGUAACCCGCUGCACCAAGGGACCAUGCGCGGUCCGCAGGCUGACAGGGCCCAAUUUGAGCGCAUAUUGUCUUACCUUGACCUCGCCAAGCAGUCUGGUGUUUCCGUCGUUUUGGGCGGCAACCGUGAAUCGUCUCCCGGUUACUUUGUUCAGGCCACCCUUCUCACUGACGUGCCUGAGGACUCAAGGCUCACCAAGGAGGAGAUUUUUGGGCCCGUGCUAAUUGUCAACCGCUUCACGGAUGAAGACGACGUCUUGCAGCGAGCCAAUGACACCGAGUAUGGUCUCUGGGCCAGCGUCUUUACCAAUGAUGUAAGCCGUGCUAUCCGCGUGGCCAAACGGUUAGAAGCCGGCAGCGUAGGUGUCAAUUGUACGUCACCCGUGUUAGCCAUGGACAUGCCGUUUGGGGGGUGGAAGAGCUCCGGGCAGGGGCGUGAGUUCAGUCGGUACGCAACAGACUAUUGGACAGAGCUCAAGACUGUGUAUUUCGCUUAUUGA